CGCAGAACCCAUUGUGCCACACGCCCCCCCUGUGCUAGACAAGUCGAAAAAAAGUCAACGUGCAGGGAACAGGGGCUAUCCAGAUGACCCGGCGGUUCCUCUCAGUACUACUAAUAUUAUAUCUGUAUGCCCUCCCACUCUUCAUCAGAUCAAGACAACCUCGCUCCUCUACCACUGCACCAGUUGUCAAAACAAACACAGCUACCGAACCAACCCCAACCAGUUCUAUCUUCUUCCAAUCCCUUGGGUAGUUGAUAUCCAACAGUAGCUCAGACAACGAAAUCCUCCACAAAGACUGCAACGCACACUGUUGAUUCUGCUGUCAAAAGACGCUGCAACACUCGAUCCCACUAAUGGUCCAAACCCAACGAUACUUGAACAUCUCGAACCAGCAACAAGGAUUGCAUCCUAUCGCACUCUCACCUGCCGACUAGACCAGGCAGUUUUCAAUCCAUACUCAAGGCCUCAAAGACACCUGGCAGUGUUCGCUUUGAGCGCACACAACAAAAUCGCCGCUAUGUCUACACGGACAGCCCGGCCGUCCAAGAAACACACAUACUCGUCGACCUCCUCCGACUCCGACAUCUCCACCUCGUCAUCCUCAACUCGCAUCAGCAUGGACGCUGUUCACCCUGUCGCAUACGUCGAGGUCCUUCGCUGCAUGCGUUGUGCCAAAUCCACCGAGCUGACAUCAACCGACGAUGCUGCCACGAAUGGCAUGAUCCAAGUCGGCACAGGCAUAUACUACUGCUCGAGGUGUGCAAAGAUCGUCGGAUAUGCAUGAUUGCCUACCACUACAACGUCUCUUUUCUUUGGACCAAAAAUCACACAUACAUACACGGACACGGCUCGCUCGCCAUCAUUACUCCCGUUCCUACAUACCUCACCCCGUCCCAUAUCCGCAAGCUCAGAUAGCUUGAUUGAUUUGCAACCACUUAGCUCAGAGAAGGGCAUUUCUUUGGGAGUAGGAUGGGACCAAGUGCAAUUCACCGACACGAUGGGCACAUCUCGACACCGCCCCAGGUGUGGGGGAUUACAAGAUCAUCGACACUGGUGACUUGCCCUGUCCUCGACGCAGUCAAUCAGCGGCAUAAUUGCCCCGACUGCUACGGACGGCGGUAAACACUUGAAACACGACCAAGGUUAUAUCCUCAUGAUGCCGAUCAACGGGCCCGAGCUGGCGACAAGUCUCUCGCCCAUUCGCUACUCUCCAAUUCGGCCCAGUCGUGCCAGAAUGGCAUCUUGGCAAUCCGACUACCGAUAGGCCAAUCGUCAAACCUUUUCUAUUCUCGGAAGGGCCCGAGAGGGGAUUGAUAGGUGGAAACAGCGACAUUCAUGACUCGAGACAAACAACAAUGUUGUCCACUGGGCAGCAGAGGCCGCCCAAAGCCACUGUCAUCUGUUAUUUGGUUCUAGUGGAAACAUGUGACUUUGUCACAACCACAGUAAUCCAAAUGCACAUGCAGCUUUUAUUCAACCCGUCACCCAACGUCGAGUGAAUUGGACUUUUUGGCUGCUACGGCACUGCACGUCAUGGCCAGUGCUCAUUGGUUUUCCAAAGUCGUGUUUUUCCUAUUUUGGUAUCGCUUGCAUACCAUAUUCUGCGCGUUGGAGCUUCGCCCCGCCCUUGGGUCGGCUCUGCCAAGGCAAUGACGUCGAUCUUUGCCUAAGCGCUCAUAUGCUGAGACAUGCCCAAGGGUACUUUUGUAUCUCCGGAGGACAUGAGCCAGAUUUUUCACGAAUCGAUUUCGUUGUUUUCAUUUCAAUACCUGGUUUGUCUAGGGCUGGCUGUUACCCCCUUUUUUUUUUCUUCACUUCACCUUCUUUUAUUUACAUCGCAAGCGAGGCGUUUUUUUUUGUGUUUUUUUUGCGCUCAUCAUUCCACUAGCUGGACUUGGACUGGUCUUUGAUGAAUUUCAAGGCAUUGUACACUGGUUGCAUUACAGGGGAAAAUAGCGAUGAUUUCUUAUGAUACCUUUUGUGGCGUUUGGUCAUUUACGAAGAUACCUUUUAUUCAGAUGCUUGGAAAAAAUUGAAUUGAUAACAUUUUUACGACUAUAUUUACUGGUACACAUUACUUUGCCUUUGCUUUGCCUUUGGUGCAUGGGAGCGAGAUUUUGUUCUGCUAGCAGUCUCACUAGUAAAAGGUCCCUGC